AUGGUUGGCUGGAGGCUCUGUGAAACCUAUGAGGGAGGACCUGCAGACCCCAUCGCCCCCGCUAUCAUCAUCGCCCCCAAGAACACCAGUGUAACCAUGGGGAGAAACGAGGCUAUCAUGGAGUGUGUCGCUAAUGCAAGACCCCUCGUCAAAAUGAGUAUUACUUGGAGGAAAGACGGGGUGUUGGUCAGUACAGGGAUCCGAGAUUUUGGCCGUCGAUUGGUCAUCAGCUUGCCUGCAGUCAGUGAUAGCGGCUUCUAUGAAUGUGAGGCGUCACUCCGAAGUAGCAGCGUCGCCUCAGUCACUGCCGGGGCCUUCCUGCACGUCCUAGAAUAUCCUCUGUUUGUGAAAGAGCCUCCAACUCACAUCAGUGCAGAGAUGGAGAAGGUGGUGGAUAUCCCCUGCCAGGCACGAGGCACGCCGCAGCCAGACAUAGUGUGGUAUAAAGAUGCAGUGCCCAUCAGCCCCGUAAAGAUCCCCAGAUACAGAGUCUUGGUGGGAGGCAGUCUCCAGAUCAACGGUCUCCUGCCAGACGACACUGGGAUGUUUCAGUGCUUUGCCCGCAAUCGCGCAGGAGAGAUCCAGACAAACACCUACCUCGCUGUUACUAGUAUUGCGCCCAACAUCACCGCUGGCCCCUCUGACAGCGCCGUGAUUGACAGCAUGUCAGUCAUUCUGCAUUGUGAAACGUCAGGAGCCCCACGGCCAGCCAUCACAUGGCAGAAAGGUGAACGUGUCUUGGCGAGUGGCUCUGUCCAGCUGCCUCGGUUCACCCUGCUGGAGUCAGGCAGCCUGCUAAUCAGUCCCUCUCACCUGUCUGACGCCGGGACCUACACCUGCAUGGCCAGUAACUCCAGGGGGAUAGAUGAGGCUUCAUCUGACCUACUGGUCUGGGCACGUACCCGCAUCAAUAAACCACCACAAGACCAGAGUGUCAUCAAAGGGACCAAGGCUGUUAUGACCUGCGGUGUGACCCAUGACCCCAGUGUCACUGUGAGGUACGUGUGGGAGAAGAGCGGCUCGUUGAUUGACGUGAACACGUCCCCACGCCUGAGGCAGGAUCCCGACGGGACCCUGCACAUCUCCCAAACGUGGUCGGGUGACAUCGGAACAUACACCUGCAGGGUGACCUCAGUGGGGGGCAAUGACUCCCACAAUGCCCACCUCAGAGUCAGGCAACUGCCCCAUGCUCCAGAAAAUCCAAUAGCAGUUCUGAGUACGACAGAGAAAAGGGCCAUAAACCUCACAUGGGCCCAGGCCUUCGAUGGCAACAGCCCCUUGAUCCGCUACAUCCUGGAGGUAUCAGAGAACAAUGCCCCUUGGAUGGUGCUGCUGGCUAAUAUUGAACCAGAGUCUACCGGGGUCACUGUUGGGGGUCUCAUCCCGGCGCGCUCGUACCAGUUCCGCCUGUGUGCCGUCAACGACGUGGGCAGAGGCCAGUUCAGCAAGGAGACUGACCGACUAACUCUUCCCGAAGAGCCUCCCAGCGCCCCCCCUCAGACAGUCAUCGCAAGUGGUCGCACCAAUCAGUCCAUCAUGAUCCAAUGGCAGCCCCCCCCGGAGAGCCAUCAGAAUGGGCCACUCCAGGGCUACAUCAUCAGGUAUUGUUUGUCGGGGCUUCCAGUGGAUUGUCAAAUGAAAAACAUCACCAACUCAGACCAGACCAGUCUGCUCCUGGAGGAACUCAUCAUCUGGACCAACUAUGAGAUUGAGGUGGCGGCCUAUAACGGAGCAGGCCGAGGCACCUACAGCCACAGAGUCACUGAAUGGACACUGCAAGGGGUGCCCACCGUACCACCAGGAAAUGUACAAGUCGAGGCUGUCAACUCCACCACGGUGCGUUUUACCUGGAGUGCCCCAAGCCCACAGUUUAUCAAUGGAAUCAACCAGGGAUACAAGCUUUUGGCGUGGGAACUCACUCGUUCAAAGGAGGUCAGUGUGAUGACGGCCCGUCCCAACUUCCAGGACAGUGUUCAUGUUGGUCACAUCUCUGGUCUGAAAAAGUACACAGAAUACUACACCUCGGUAUUGUGCUUCACUACCCCUGGAGACGGCCCGCGCAGCCCACCUCAGCGCACACGCACCCAUGAGGACACCCCUGGCGCUGUGGGACACCUUAGUUUCACUGAUAUCUUGGACACCUCACUAAAAGUCAGCUGGAAGGAGCCUCAGGAGAAAAAUGGAGUUCUCACAGGCUACCGUAUCUCCUGGGAGGAGUUCAACAGGACCAAUACUCGAGUGACCCAUUAUUUACCCAACCUAACUCAGGAGUACAAGGUGACAGGGCUCACUGCCCUCACCACUUACACCAUCCAGGUAGCAGCCAUGACCGCCAAGGGCCAGGGCCAGCUCUCUGCCUCCACCAUUUCCUCCGGUGUACCACCAGAGUUGCCCGGUCCUCCAACUAAUCUAGCCAUCUCAAACAUCGGCCCUCGCUCCGUCACCAUACAGUUCAAACCUGGUUAUGAUGGCAAGACUUCCAUCUCCCGUUGGCAUGUUGAAGCCCAGAUUGGCAUAAUAGGAGAGAAUGAAGAAUGGCUGAUGGUUCAUCAGCUGACUAAUGAACCCGAUGCUAGAUCACUGGAAGUUCUGGACUUGAACCCCUAUACGUUCUACAGGUUCCGAAUGCGUCAGGUAAACAUUGUGGGCAUCAGUCCUCCCAGUCAGCCCUCCAGGAAGAUUGAGACCCUGCAGGCCGCCCCCGACAUCGCCCCCGCUAAUGUCACCCUGCGGACAGCCAGUGAGACCAGCCUGUGGCUUCGCUGGGUGCCUCUUCCGGAGUGGGAGUACAAUGGGAAUCCAGAUCUCGUUGGCUACCGGGUCCAGUACUCUAAAGCCGGGUCUAAAGGGGGAGUUCUCUCCCAUGUCAUCAUGGACCGGCUGGAGAGGGAGUUCACUAUCGAGGACCUGGAGGAGUGGAUGGAGUACGAGGUCAGAGUUCAGUCCAUCAAUGGUAUCGGCUCUGGGCCCUGGAGCCAGCCAGUCCACGGCAGGACGCGGGAGUCUGUACCCUCCAGUGGCCCCACCAACGUUUCAGCUUUCGCCAUCACCUCCAGCAGCAUCCUGGUGCGGUGGGGGGAAGUCCCAGAGACAGACCGUAAUGGACUCAUUCUGGGGUACAAGGUGGUAUAUAAGGAGAAGGACUCAGACACAGCUCCCAAUUUCUGGGAGGUGGAGGGCAACACCACUCACAGUGUCCAGCUGAGCACCCUGGGAAAAUACGUCCUGUUUGAGAUCCAGGUGCUAGCCUUCACACGGAUAGGAGACGGAAGGAGCAGCUCGCCAUACAUCUUAGAACGGACCCUGGAUGAUGUCCCUGGCCCUCCAGUUGGCAUUCUCUUCCCAGAAGUCAGAACCUCCUCAGUCAGGCUCAUCUGGCAGCCUCCUGCACAGCCCAACGGCAUUAUCCUGGCCUAUCAGAUCACAUACAGAAGAAACUCUUCGAGUAGCAGUGCUGCCACAGUAGACGUGCUGAGCCCCAGUGCGCGGCAGUACACAGCGUCCGGACUGAAACCAGAAGCAGUUUAUGUAUACCGUCUCACCGCUCAAACACGAAAGGGUUGGGGUGAGGCCGCUGAAGCUCUGGUGGUCACAACAGAGAAGAGAGCACGACCCCAACCCACAAGCCGUCCCGUAGUGCCUCAAGAGGAAGUGCAGGCUCGCAGAGUACUGUUGUCAUGGGAACCUGGCAGCGACGGACUUUCCCCGGUUCGCUACUACACAGUUCAGUACAGAGAGCUGCCCGACAGCAACUGGACUGUCCACUCUGCAUCAGUCAGCCACGAGACAAACUCAUACAUAGUGGACAGGUUAAAGCCUUUCACUUCAUACCAGUUCCGUGUGAAAGCCACCAAUGACAUUGGAGACAGUGAAUACAGCCAGGAGAGUGAGGCCAUCACUACACUACAGGAUGCCCCAGAUAAACCCCCAACGAUCCUGUCUGUUACACCUCACACCACCACGUCCGUACUUGUUCGUUGGCAGCCUCCUACUGAGGAUCAUAUAAACGGAGUCCUGUUGGGCUUCAGAGUCAGGUUCCGGGAGUUACACUAUGACCGGAUACGCAGCUUCACUGUCCGCACUGUUAACAGUCCUUCUGCCAAAUGGGCUGAUCUCGCUGCUCCUUACAGCAUCAGGAACUUAAGUGAAUCCUCGCUCACCCAAUAUGAACUGGAUAAUCUGAGUAAACACAAGCGCUACGAGAUCCGUCUCAGUGUGUAUAACGCUGUGGGGGAGGGUCCCAGCAGUUCACCGCAAGAAGUGUUUGUUGGAGAGGCCGUCCCAACAUCCCCUCCCCAAAAUGUGGUGAUCCAGUCCUCAACAGCCACACAGCUGGAUGUCACAUGGGACCCUCCUCCUCUGGAUGCUCAGAAUGGGGACAUACAGGGUUACAAGAUCUAUUUCUGGGAGUUUCAGCUUCAGAAUGAGACGGAGCGCCUGCGUACGCUGUUCCUGCCGGAGCUCGGGGUGAAGCUUAAAAACCUGACAGGUUACACCACCUACAUGAUCAGUGUGGCAGCUUUCAAUGCUGCAGGGGAUGGGCCCCGCUCCCUGCCCACCAGAGGGCGCACUCAGCAAGCAGCAAAAAAAAAGCAAUAACUAGAAAAUGGCUCAAAGUGGAUAUCCCUUCUCUUGACAACUGGUACGACAAAAUCCAUGAAAUCUAUGUUAUGGAAAUAAUCACCUUCUCAAUGAGGCUUCAGGAAAACACAUUUGAAGAAAUAUGGAAAA